AUGGCGUGGUGCUCGAUUGCCGCGAUAUCUCUUCAAGCUAGAGCUUUUGAACUUUGCUCUGAAGCAUUGAUCAAAUUGGAAGCUGUAAACCCAGAAGUAUUUGAAAAUAUAUCAAUUGAAAUAUUUACAAGAUAUAAGCCUAAAGAUGCAAAAGGAAACAAGAUUGAAUGUCCCCACUGCCAGCUAGCUAUACCGGAUUGGGUAGCAACUUGUCCCGGGUGUUCGACAGAAUUUCCAGGGUGUGUAGUGUCUGGGCGGCCUCUCUUAUCAUCGCACACAAUAUGGACGUGCAGUAAAUGUGAGGCGCAUGCACAGCAUCAUGAGUUGGUCUUGCGACAUUCCUGCCCCAUGUGCCACGCUCAAGUUGCU